GACAGUCCCAACGCAGACCUUAGACAAGGAAUAACUCACUUUCACCUCUGUCAUUUGGUGAACCGAACCAAUUUUACUUGCAGAAACAAACCCAGGUGCAACUUCAGACCCUGCGCCCUUUGUGAACAGUUGCGCAAAGACGGACAGGUCGAAAACGCAUUUGACAGCUCGCCAACUGGACAUUGGAGUGGACAUGUGAAGAAAUGGAUAUUCAUCCCGUUCAUCUGAUCAAGAUGCGAUCUGAUAUCAUCAUCUUUCUCAUCCUCACUACUGUUGUUAUUCCCCAGUGCGCCUCGCAGUCAGUUUGUCCUGGCACCGAUAACAAGCUCAGUACACUGUCUGAUUUGGACCAGCAGUACAGAACUCUUCGCAAGUUCUACGAGAACUGUGAGGUGGUCAUGGGUAAUCUGGAGAUCACCAGUAUUGAACAGAACCGCAACCUGUCUUUCCUAAAGUCUAUCCGGGAGGUGACAGGUUACGUGUUGGUGGCUCUGAACCAGUUUGACUAUCUUCCACUGGAGAACCUGCGGAUCAUCCGCGGCACUAAACUCUAUGAAGGACGUUACGCGCUGGCCAUCUUUCUCAACUACAGACGAGAUGGCUACUUUGGCCUUAGACAACUCGGACUCAAGAACUUGACAGAAAUCCUGAAUGGAGGUGUAUAUGUGGAUCAGAACAAAUUCUUGUGCCAUGCUGACACCAUCCACUGGCAUGACAUCAUCAAGAACCCCCGUGCUGAACUUCUAGUUGUUCCUUCCAACAACAGUGGCAACACAUGCAGACGGUGUCAUAGAUCUUGUAAUGGACGUUGCUGGGGUCACCAAGAAUACCAGUGCCAAAUCUUGACAAAGACGGUUUGUGCAGAGCAGUGUGAUGGUCGUUGCUUUGGUCCAUAUGUCAGUAACUGCUGCCAUCGUGAAUGUGCAGGAGGCUGUUUCGGACCUAAAGACACAGACUGCUUCGCUUGUACAAACUUUAAUGACAGCGGGGCAUGUGUGACACAGUGUCCACAGCCGUUUGUCUACAAUCCAACAACCUUCCAGCUCGAGCACAACCACAAAGCCAAAUACACCUAUGGAGCUUUCUGUGUCAAGAAAUGCCCACAUAACUUUGUGGUGGAUCACAGCUCUUGUGUCAGAGCCUGUCCGAGCAACAAGAUGGAGGUGGAGGAAAAUCACAUCAAGAUGUGCAUCCCGUGCACUGACAUCUGUCCGAAAGUGUGUGAUGGUAUAGGUACAGGCAGUCUUCAGACAGCUCAAACUGUAGAUUCCAGCAAUAUAGAGAAGUUUGUCAAUUGCACCAAGAUUAACGGCAACCUCAUCUUCCUCAUCACAGGCAUCAAAGGGGAUAUGUUUCAUGGUAUCAAAGCCCUGGACCCUAAUCGGCUAAAUGUAUUCCGCACGGUUAGAGAGAUCACAGGUUUCUUGAACAUCCAGUCUUGGCCGGAAAAUAUGACGGAUCUUGGUGUUUUCUCAAAUCUUGCUACCAUUGGAGGACGAACACUUUAUAGUGGUAUUUCUCUGCUCAUCCUGAAACAGCGCUGGAUCUCUUCACUGCAGUUCCAGUCUUUGAGAGAGAUCAGUGCUGGUAACAUCUACAUCACCAAUAACAGUCAACUCUGCUUCUACAAUACAGUGAACUGGACGGGCCUGUUUCGCACCAGCACCCAGAGAGCGCUCAUCAAAAACAACAGAGACCCCAGAGAGUGUAUUAAAAAGCAGAUGGUUUGUGAUUCGUUGUGUUCAGAGGCAGGAUGUUGGGGUCCUGGUCCAGACCAGUGUCUCUCAUGUAAAUACUUCAGCCGGGGAAGAACCUGCGUCAAGUUCUGUAACUUAUAUUAUGGAGAUGUUCGAGAGUUUGCCAAUGACUCUGUUUGUGUGGAGUGUGACAGCCAGUGUGAAAAGUCCGGAGAUAAAAGUUUGACCUGCCAUGGCCCGGGUCCAGACCACUGUACGAAGUGUCUGCAUCUCAAAGAUGGGCCCAACUGUGUGGAAAAAUGCCCUGAUGGUCUUCAGGGAGCAAACAGCUUUAUCUUCAAAUAUGCUGAGACCAACAACGAGUGUCAUCCCUGCCACCCCAACUGCACCCAGGGUUGCACUGGACCCCGAGUACAAGAUUGUGUUGGUAUGUUGGACAGGACUCCUCUGAUUGCUGCUGGGUUAAUCGGGACUCUCUUCGUGAUGGUCGUCAUUGCUCUUGGUGUGGCCGUUUAUGUCCGCCGCAAGAGCAUUAAGAAAAAGAGAACUUUACGCCGCUUCCUGGAGACAGAGUUGGUGGAGCCAUUGACACCGAGUGGUACAGCACCUAACCAGGCUCAACUACGUAUAUUGAAGGAAACUGAGCUUAAGAGGGUCAAGAUCCUGGGAACUGGUGCAUUUGGUACUGUUUAUAAGGGAAUCUGGGUUCCAGAAGGGGAAACUGUGAAGAUUCCAGUGGCCAUAAAGAUACUCAAUGAAAGCACAGGACCUAAAGCCAAUGUGGAGUUUAUGGAUGAGGCGCUGAUAAUGGCCAGCGUGGAGCAUCCUCAUCUAGUGCGUCUGUUGGGGGUCUGUUUGAGUCCCACUAUCCAGCUGGUCACUCAGCUCAUGCCCCACGGCUGUCUGCUGGACUAUGUACAUGAGCACCAGGAGAACAUUGGCUCCCAGUUACUGCUCAACUGGUGUGUGCAGAUCGCAAAGGGUAUGAUGUAUCUGGAGGAAAGGCGAUUGGUGCACAGAGAUCUGGCUGCCCGUAACGUCCUGGUGAAAUCUCCAAACCAUAUUAAAAUCACUGACUUUGGUCUUGCUCGAUUGCUGGAUGCUGAUGAAAAGGAGUACAAUUCAGAUGGAGGCAAGAUGCCUAUCAAGUGGAUGGCCUUGGAGUGCAUUCACUACAGGAAGUUCACACACCAGAGUGAUGUAUGGAGCUAUGGGGUGACUAUCUGGGAGCUGAUGACGUUUGGUGGAAAGCCCUAUGAUGGGAUUCCCACACGAGAAAUUCCAGACAUCUUAGAGAAGGGCGAGCGUUUGCCUCAGCCACAUAUCUGCACUAUAGACGUCUACAUGGUGAUGGUGAAAUGCUGGAUGAUUGAUGCUGAUAGUCGUCCUAGAUUUAAAGAACUCGCUGCAGAGUUCAGCCGAAUGGCAAGAGACCCUCAGAGAUACCUCGUCAUACAGGGGGAUGAUCGCAUGAUGCUGCCCAGCCCCCACCACAGCAAGUUCUUCCAGAGUCUUCUAGAUGAGGAGGAGCUGGAUGACCUUAUGGAUGCUGAGGAGUACCUGGUUCCUCAGACCUUGAAUAUCACUACCUCUUCUUACACAUCAAGACCACAGAUGGAUACCAGUAGAACUCAACUGCGGUGUUGUGAUACAGUUUUUUGCCCAGAAGAUGGGAUGGGAGCCUGUUCCAGUGACACUGCUGGUUCAGCGAGUGGCGUCUUUGUUCCAGUAAACACAGAAGGGGCAGGUCUGGACGCUCUGGAAGAGCAACACUGUAAUGGAAGCUUGAAGAAACAGCAUGUGUCUGUCUCAAGGGAGGAUUCUGAUGGCCAGCGCUACAGUGCAGAUCCCACUGUCUUUCUUGGAGAAAGGGGGCCCAAAGCCAACCUCGAUGAAGAUGGCUACAUGAGUCCCAUGAAUAAAUCAUCCUCAGACCAUCUUAGUCCUGUUGAGGAGAAUCCUUUUGUAACUCUACGGAAAAAUAGAAAUAUUAAUGCGCUGGACAACCCGGGUUACCACAGCACCCCCAAUAGGAAACCCAAGGUUGAGGAUGAGUACAUCAAUGAACCCCUUUACCUCAACACAUACAAUAACACCAGUGGGACGAACCAGGAGAUUCUGAGGAAAAAUGGAGCUUCCAUCCCACUGCAGAUGACAACAGCAGCCAACACUACAAGCAGCCACGUUAUCCUCACCACUCACACCGGGAAAGCCCAUCACCACGGCCAGGGAACACACGUCCAUUUCGCUGUUCCACCUGUUCAGCCUCCUCCAACAAGAUCAUUGAGCCAAAAUGGCCAGCAUUUCCAGUCUCCACUUGGUGUUGAAGCCAAUUCCUCGAGCAAGUCUGCCAAUUCUUCCCUAUUAACACAAAUCUCCCUCGUCAGCCAACAGAUCCAACCAUGUCUGGCAAGUCAGCCUGGUUGUGCAACCCAACCCAACUUAACCCAAGUGGCAAAGUCUGCAGUCAUCAGUAAGUGUACCUCUGACCUUCCGGGCCAGCUUAUUUAUCCAGGUAACAUGCUUCAAGCAGGUAAUACUGGGACAAUAAUGGUCGACAGGAAAUUGAAGCAGAAUUUUGAUAAUCCUGACUACUGGCAGCACAGUCUACCCCCCAAGGUGACCCAACCAAACACUCAAGAUCCUUCACAAGGCUCCAAAAGCAAACAUCUCUACAGGCACAGUAUCCGAAGUCGAAUUGCUAUAGCUGAAAACCCAGAGUAUCUUUCCGAGUUUAACAAGAGACCAGGAACUGUCCUUCCACCCCCACCAUAUCGGCACAGGAAUACAGUAGUGUAACACUGCAGUCUCCACUUUCUAGAGUCCCAGAUUCCUCAACCAGCACCUAUACCGACAGAUUCUUAAAGGAAUAGUUCAAACAAAAAUGAAAGUUCUGUGAUUAUUUACUCACCUUUUCAUUUGUCUCUGAACCCGUAUGACUUUCUUUCUUCCGUGGAUCACAAAAUGUUGAUUUUUAAAAAGUCUUCAAAGGAUUUAUUUGCUAUUUAAUGAAAAUGAAUAGUGACUCCGGUCUGUUAAGCUCAAAAAAGGACAAAACGAACACCAGAAAACCACACUAACAAUAAUCUAUAUGACUCAUGCACUGUAUUCCAAGUCUUCUGAAGCCAUACGAUCACUUUAUGUGAUGAACAAAGCGAAAUGUAAAGCCUUAUUCGCUCUCAAAUCAAAUAAUUAAUAAAGCGCUGAAAUCAAAUAUGGAGGCUACAUCGAUAAUAUUAAACGUCAUCUGUUCUUGAGACACGACAUCAUGACACUUGGUCACGAUAUGCAAUGAGAAGCAAUAGGUUUGAUGUUUUGGAUGUAGCCACUGUAUUCGAUUAAAAAAAGAGUUUAUUAAUGACUUGAUUUGAGAGUGAACAACGUCAUAAAUUCGCAGACUUGAGUGAAAUUUAAGAUGACAUUUAUUUGAUGAAUAGAACACAGAAAUGAAUUGUCUCUCUUUGGCGUAAGCCCUGUCUGGCGGUCCAAAGAAGUUGUACUCAGAACCGUCAUAUCCUGCCGGAGAUAGGAGGCAGGGGCGAGGAGCCUAAUUCCGUGCAGGACGGGACUCAACUGGUGGUGGUGGGGUGGUGGAGGUUACCGUGUUAGCACACUGAAACAGCAAUGUGGUAGAUUGUGAACAGACUUAUAAAGCAAUGGCUUACGUGUGAUUGGCUAGGAGUUACUUAGCUAAUGGUGCGAUGAUGUACAGCUGCUAGUCUUUCUGCUAGAACUACGCUGCACUUACAUUUCUGUUCAUCACACAAAGUGAUCAUUUGUCAUUGGAAGACUUGGAAUAUAGUCUUUGAUUACUGUAAAUGUGGUUUUAUGGAGUUUUUGUCUUCUUUGUUUAGCUUGACAGACUGGAAUCAAUAUUUACUUUAUAUGUCAAAUAAACAAUGUGAGGACUAUUUAAAAAAAAAUAAAAAUGUUCUACUGUAGAAAGUAAGUCACUGGAGCAACAUUAGGGUGAACUGUCAUUUUUGGGUGAACUAUUCCUUUACUCUUCUUUCAUAUUGUACAUUAAAAUGGAAUUACUAAAAAACAGAAAAACAUUCAACUUUUUUUUUUGUUUGUUUGUUUUUUGUUUUUUUUUUGCCAGAGGAAUUUGAGACAGAGAUAUAUGAGGAUGUUGGACUUUAAAGGAAAUACUGAUCAACCAAAGUGCCUCUAAACUAUUCCAAAACUAUUCCACUUUUCUAUUCUAAUAAUCAGAAUGUAACCCAAUGUAACUAAUUGAUUCUCCUACAACUUGGAAGUGAAAUGAGACACGGUCCAACUUGACAAAAAAGAAGAGUACUUCCUCUUGAGAUUUUAGAUGCUGGAAAUGGAAAGUUUAUUUCUAGUGUCAUACAGUACGUUUAUACCAAGAUAAAAAAAAAUUAAAAAAAAAGCUAACAUGCUGUAUGUCGACAGAGCGACUUUUCACUAGUAAAUUGUCUUUUUGACCAUUUUUCAUCCAUCCUGGAUUGUUGCUGUUCGUAUGUUGUUGGUUAUGUUACUUGAGGCGAACAACACUGCUAUUGUUCUCUCCUGUUUUUGCCUCAUUAACUCUUAAAGCAAAUGGUGGACACAGCUACAUUAUAGAUCUAGUAGCCUACAGAGCCUACAAGAACAUAAGGGUAACUCUUGGAUGUGAAUCAGACAAUGACAUGGAUUGUCUUGUAAAGUGGUGUAAAUGGUGCAUUCAUCCAGUUAUCAUGAAUUUCUUAAUGGACUAACAAUGUUUGGAUACUAUUUAUUUUCUUUCCUGUUGUAUUUCGUCAUGUUUUUUUUUUUUUUUUUUUUUUUUUUUUUAUCGUACCAGUUUCCUCCAGUUUUGCUCUCAAAAAUAGGAACUAUUAACAAAUCUGAUUCAGACGGAGGACAUGGUGUGGCCAUACCACAGUCCUUCAAGUGCAGACAGGAAAUAAGUGCCUUCCUCAAUGGCACAAAAGGUUGGUGGAAGUGCCAUGAGAGAGCUAUGAACUGGAAUUUGAACAGCUGUAUAUACAUGUAUGUGCAACAAAUUUGAAUGUCCACUACUGAGCCACUUAUGUGCAAAUAGACUCACCCAGGACUGAGAACUAUGUAUUGAAGAAAUAAAAAAUAAUAAAAAAAAUAAAAAAAAAUAAAAAUAAAAAAAAUGUUGUAUUAAAAAGUAAUGAAUUUGAUAAUGAAUAUUAAAUAUUAAUUUAACCACAAAACAUAUUAUGGAAGGCAAUAUUACAGAUUAUUUAAACUCAACAAGGGCACAAAACAAACUAAAAUAAACUACUGAUCUCCAAUGGAGAAUUUUUCAUUGUACUUUGACAGAAAAUACUUUUGUCUGAAAUAUAUAAAUGCUCUCAAUGAGAGUGUGACUGUGUUGUGGCCUGGGAGACAUUGUUCAUAUGUUUUGUAGACUGUAAUAUACUUCCGCCAAAGUGUCAUAGCGAAGAGUUUGUGACAAAUGUGUGCAAAUCUGGUCCUAAAUGUACCAUGCUAAUAUUAUGAAAAAUGUAUUUGCUUUUGACUGAACAGCCAUCGGAGAUGUAGCUAGAUUUCUUUUCUUUUUUUUUUUCUUUUUUAUUGCCUUGUACUUUGAUUUGUUUUGGGACUAUUCCAAAAUAUGCAUCUCAUCCUUGUUGUAAUUCUGUUUGAUGGAAUGACACAAUAAAAGUCUUGUUUGAAACCAACAAAUGGUUCCUAAAUUUCCAAAUAGUCUGACACAGUCUAUGAGAACCUUUUGUUCUUGCAAGUACCACCUUGUUUGCCACUCUAUUCAGGUGUAAUUGACUUAUUGGUUUACUUAUCAGUACUUCCCCUUUCAAAAAUGGACUGUGGCGGUACCAUGGUAUAGUGAAUAGUAUUAGAUGGUACUUUGAAACAUAGCAUGGUGCUGAAUGAUUGCUAAUAUUUAUGUAUGAAACACUUCAAAAGCCUCAAUAACAAUGAGUUAUUUAACCUUCUGAUUCUGUUUGGUCAUUUUUGGCCGAAAUAAAUGUUUCCGAUGUAAUAAAAAUGGUUUCGUUUAUU